UGCUUAAUGACUAAAGGGAAAGCACUUCAUGUCACUCUAAAAAGUAAAUAGCUGAAGUUAUGGAUUAACCCAAGUUCCAGCAGAGCUCAUGGCGGAAGAAUAAAUCACGCUGAUUCACACUGAAUAAAGCAGGGACUUCUGCUGCAGCAUGUGGAAGCUCAUCACUAUAGGGGUGCUGCUGGCUGCCUGCUCCUCACCAGUGUGCCAUACCUCAAUAUUUUACAGCUACAAGGAUGCAAACCAAGUCCUGAAAAUCCAGAAGCGGGCCAACUCCUUCCUGGAGGAGGUGAAACCAGGUUCUCUGGAACGUGAGUGCAACGAGGAGACGUGCGACUUUGAGGAGGCCAGUGAGAUAUUUGAAACCAAGGAAGCCACACUAGAGUUUUGGAACAAGUAUGUAGAUGGAGAUCAGUGUGCACAGAAGCCUUGUUCCAAUGGAGCCUGCAAGGACAAUAUUGGAUCGUAUUCCUGCAUCUGUGACAAAGGCUGGGAGGGAGCUCAGUGCAAUUAUGAGGUGAAAUACAACAACUGUUCCGUGGACAAUGGAGGAUGUCAGCAUUUCUGCAAGGAGGACCCUGCCAAGCAGUGCCGCUACUGCAGCUGUGCGUCUGGCUACCAGCUGAUGAACGACCAUAACAUGUGCACACCUGUAGUGGAGUUCCCCUGUGGACGAGUGAAAAUGGACUACAUUGAAGGCAAAGCAGAAUUCAAUAUUCGGCUUAUUGGGGGAAAUUCAGGAGGAAGGGGUUUUAGCCCUUGGCAGGUUAUGCUGCAAAAUCUGAAGGGGAAAUUCCUGUGUGGAGGUGUUCUCAUCCAUCCCUCCUGGGUCCUAACAGCUGCACACUGCGUUGAGGCGGGAGAGACUCUCAAAGUAAGACUUGGUAAAUACCACCGUCUCCGUACGGAGCCCAGCGAGCAAACCAUUCGUGUUGACAGAUACGUGCGCCAUGAGAAUUACAGCAAGCUGACCUCAGACAACGACAUCGCCAUGCUGCACUUGGCAGAGCCCGCCAUGUAUGACAAGUACGCCCUGCCCAUCUGCCUUCCCACGCGGGACCUGGCAGAGCACGAGCUGACGACCAAGGGCAGGCAGAUGCUGGUGACCGGCUGGGGCAGCACAAGCGAUGAGACGAGGAAUUACUCUGCUCUCCUCAGCUACAUCGAAAUCCCCAUCGUUCCCAAGAAUGAGUGCGCCCAAGUGAUGACAAACGCCAUCUCUGACAACAUGCUGUGUGCGGGGAGUUUGGGAGACAGGAAGGAUUCCUGCAGCGGGGACAGCGGAGGACCGAUGGUCACUAAAUAUCAGGAUACUUGGUUUUUGGUGGGACUGGUGAGCUGGGGAGAAGGCUGUGGAAAAAAGGAGAAGUUUGGAGUGUACACCAAAGUCAGUCAGUACCUGGAAUGGAUCCAGCACCACAUAAAUAAGAUGUCAGGUUCCUGGAGGGGUUGAUUCUGAUGCUUUGAGCCUGGAAUACUGUGGCUGUGUGCUGUGCUAGUGAUGGUAUGAGGUGUAAUGUGCUGUCGCAUCUACAAUAUUAAAUGCUGAGUAUCUGUUAACCUCA